GUGGCAAUAAAAAUCAUCGACAAAUCUCAGCUGGAUGCUGUGAACCUGGAGAAGAUCUACAGGGAGGUGCAGAUCAUGAAGAUGCUCGACCACCCACACAUCAUAAAACUCUACCAGGUGAUGGAGACCAAAAGCAUGCUGUACCUCGUGACAGAAUUUGCCAAAAAUGGGGAGAUUUUUGAUUACCUGGCCAGCCACGGGCGCCUGAGCGAGGCCGAGGCGCGGCGCAAGUUCUGGCAGAUCCUGUCGGCAGUGGAAUAUUGCCACGGCAGGAAAAUCGUGCACAGGGACCUCAAAGCUGAGAACCUCCUGCUGGACAACAACAUGAACAUCAAAAUAGCAGAUUUUGGCUUUGGGAAUUUCUACAAGAGCGGGGAGCCUCUGACCACGUGGUGUGGGAGCCCCCCCUACGCAGCCCCAGAGGUCUUCGAAGGGCAGCAGUACGAGGGACCCCAGCUGGACAUCUGGAGCAUGGGGGUGGUACUCUAUGUGCUGGUGUGUGGAGCCCUGCCCUUCGAUGGACCCACCCUGCCCAUCCUGAGGCAGAGGGUGCUGGAGGGGAGGUUCAGGAUCCCUUAUUUCAUGUCAGAAGAAUGUGAGCACCUGAUCAGGAGAAUGUUGGUCCUGGACCCCUCCAAACGUUUGAGCAUCGCUCAGAUCAAGGAGCACAAGUGGAUGCUGGUGGAGGUUCCUGCCCAGAGGCCAAUCCUGUACCCGGCAGGAGAGGAGAACCAGCCCUCCCUGGGCGAGUACAACGAGCAGGUGCUGAGGCUGAUGCACAGCCUGGGCAUCGACCAGCAGAAAACUGUGGAGGUAAAACUCUGGACGUGGCUCCCCACCUCAGACUGUUCCAGUUUUGAGUUUUUCAGUUGUGUUUUGCAGGCCCAGGCCGUGGUGCCCUCGGUGAACCUGCAUUCCCCAAACCCAAGGCUGCUGCAGUCUCCAGGGCUCCCCUCAGCCUCAGGAGCAGAAACCUUUUCCUUCCCUCCCUCCAGCUGCCAGGGAGAGGCAGCUUUCAUGGAAGAGGAAAGGGUUGAGACACCAAAGGUGAAUGGCUGCCUGCUGGACCCCGUGCCCCCCGUGGUGAUGAGGAAGGGGUGCCAGUCCCUGCCCUCCAGCAUGAUGGAAACCUCCAUUGAUGAAGGAAUCGAGGCCGAAGGAGAGGCAGAGGAGGACCCAGCCCAGGCCUUCGCUGCCCUGCAGGCAGCUCGAGGGGGCAAGAGGAGGCACACCCUGGCUGAGGUCACCAACCAGCUGGUGAUGGUGCCAGGCACAGGGAAAGUCUAUUCCUUGGAUGAGAACUCCUCCCUGGGCAGCAUCGACUCGGAGUACGACAUGGGCUCGGUGCAGAGGGACCUCAAAUUGCUGGGCGAGACCCCUUCGCUGAAGGAGAUGGUGCUGAGCAGCCAGCAGCCCGCAGCGGUGACCUCGCCGUUCCUGGGCUGGGCAGUUAGAGGGAAGCCCACUCUGCUCUCCAAAGCUCCCAACACCUGCCAGCUCUACUGCAAGGAGCUGCCCCGGAGUCUGGAGCAGCAGCUCCAGGAGCACAGCCCCCCAGAGCCCCGGGGCAGCGCCCGAGAGCCAGAGCAGCUCUGCAGAGCCCCAGCCCAGCUACGACUCCCUGCCGGAGCUGCCCGGACUCUUUGAUUGUGAGAUGAUGGAGGCUGUGGAUCCCCAGCACGGUGGGUAUGUCCUGGUCAAUUAGCAGCCAGGGCACGCUGGAAGGACAAAAGGAGAAGCAUGUGAAUUUUUGGUUGGUUUUUGGUUGGUUUUUUUUGUUUUGUUUUUUUUUCACCCUGUUCCUACCCCACCCACGUCGAAGUUUUUCGACUCUCAGAUUGACAGGGGAACUGAAAAUCCACCUGGCUGGAAGGAAAAUAAAAAAGCAGGAGGUGUUUGGCCCCAGUGGCAGGGGCUGGAGAACAGGGAGUUCAACAGCAGCUUCAUCCCACCAAGUCUGCGCGGAAGGAGGCAGAAAAGGAGAAUUUCAGAGGAAGGAAAAAGCCCCUUCUGAAAACAUCCGGGGAGUUUGGCAGCAUCCAUCCACCAUCCACUCAGAGAGGAGAGUGAGUGCACGCUUCUCGUACUUCUUGGCAAUAAAAGCAAUAGUUUUUCACUGAAAUUCAGGGUAGAUUCGGGUCUGCGCUGAUGGCAACUGAAAUGCUCUGGAGAACAGGAGCACGAGGUGGAGUCCAGGGGAAGCUGCACUUGGGUUGAGCUCCUGCUCUGGAAUUGCUCUGUGGCCAGCCCUGAGCAUCUCAGGCAGCCUCCCCUUCCUCCUGCUGGCACCCAAAAGGAUUUCCCAAACCUGCCAAGGAGCUCUGCACUGUCUGCUGAAGGAAUCCGGACCUGACUUUGUCACAAGGAGCCUGGGACUGUGUGGAGAGACCUCUGGGUGGGCAUUGGAAUUGUGGAGGAUCCAGCAGACACAGAAGGUAAGAGAGCCAUGAAAGAGAGCAAGACCUGCAGGAAAUGGCAUUAAAAAAAAAAAAAUAAAAUCCACCUGAGUGGCUUUUAAAAUCACCCCCUCAUUCAGGAGGAAUUCUGCUCGCUGGAAAGGAUCCACCUGUCCCUGGGUUGCAUUUUAAAAACAAAUAAGCAAACAAAACUGUGUUUUGAAUUUGCAGUAUGUGUUGCUGGUGGUUUCUUGAGCUUUGUAUAUUUGGACAGUUAUUUAGGGUUUUAGAACUUUAAGGAUAAAAAAAAAAAAAACAAACAAUGAGCUUAUAAAAAGUAAAAAAAAACCACCCCUGUGAAGUGAUAGUGCUGUGCCUUUUUCAGUUCUUUAUCAGCCUAUAUGCUUUUUUCUGAAGAAAGUAGACAAUACCCCAUUUAUAUCCCUGCUGUGGCCAAAGUCCCUUCAGAGCACACGUCCCACCGUGUGGGGCAGGUGUGACUUCCUCAGUGCUUGAGUGGCUCGUGUAUGUAGGUCACUGAAAGUAUCACAGCAAUAUUUCAGCAUCAGCCUCUUGAUGUGUCAGCCAUUUCAAGGGAUGCUCCAGCUCCACCUGCAGCUGUGUCUCCACAACUUUCCACUCAUGGAAUCCAGGUCCCAGGAGGGGGAGGCUCAGGGAGCUGCAGGAAGCUGAGAUUCCACUUUGGGCCUUGGCUCUGGCCCUGAGGAGGUGGUGUGGGCCAGGCCAGCCCUUUCCUGAGCAAACACCAAGCACAACUGCAGCUUCAUCAAAGCACAAAGAGAGACAGAGAGGAACUGUGCUGAUCACACCAGAGUUUGCUGGAAGGUUUGGCCUUUGGUGCUGCAAAUCCCCAGGGCAGAGGGAGGUGAAAAUCAGCGUUUACAGCAAUAAGAUCCCAUUAAAACACGGAAUAGGAGGGGUUUGGCAGUGUGUGAAGGGAAGAGGGUUUAGGGUGACAGAAGGGGCCUGGUCCCUGUGUGGGCAGGUAGAGACAACUCUGGAACCUUCUCUGACAUUGGCCCAGUCCAAGAGUGCUCAGCUUCCACCUGUGCCAGCACAGGGAUCCUCAAGGCAGCACAAAGGAGAGCUGGAGGAGCAGGGAUCACGAGAUAAAGAUGGCCAGAAAGCUGCUUUAAAGAGAGAAGGGUUUGUUUCCUUCCCUUCAGAAGGAAAUCUGAGUGACACAGACCCAGUGGCACCUGCGGGGAAGGAGCCUGACAGAAUGUGCAGGAGCACGGAGCAAACAGAGGCCUGGCCCUGCCCUGCCCCUUCCCCGUGUGCAGUCAGGGUGGGAUCUGCCCUGGGCAGGGAAAGCUGCUCCCAGCGCUGCCCCACUGCCACAACAACAUCCACUCCCUUCCCCAUCCAGCUGCGGGAGCCUGCACCUUUCAGGACUCACAAGGUAAAAAUAAUUCCGUUCUGGAGCUCUGCAAUUCAUUUACCAGGAUGUGCCAAGCAGUGGGAGCUCCUUGGGGCUCUGCAGGGCUGGGCAGGGGGAGCUGCAGUAUUUUUUAAUGUAGUUUUUAGACUGACUCCUUCCCCUCAGCCAAAAGCAUAUUUAACAUUUCAUGUAAUUUCCUUUAAGCCAAUUAGGACUAAAAGGCUUCUGAAGCCUUCUCAUACAGAGAGGAUCCAUUGGGCACGGCUUCCCACUCCUUUGAAGUGGCUUUUUUGUUCCAAUCUCUUCUGUUCUAACAUUAGAGAACUGUGUACACUACUGUUAGAGUAAUUAUUAGCUUUAUUAUCUUGUACUACAGCCUCCUUUGAAGAGACUUUGGUGUGAUGUAUAUGGGGUACAAAUUUCAUACGGAGAAAAGUGCAAUAUGUGUGUGUGUGGUAUGUUCUUUAAUGUAUUUUUUUAAGGAUUUAGAGGGUUUAGUCUCUGCUUUGGGAUAAAUGCACUAGUUUUGUGAGCUCCAGUUUGGCAAGUUCAUCUGUAGUAUUUACAUGCAACUGAUCUGCUGGACUCUGUAAAGCAGUUACAGUGUAUUAAUACAAAAUAAAGAAUAUGUGCAUUUCAUUUUUUAAA